GUUUCAUUGAUUCUUGGAGGUCGAAUUGAAGGGGUAACGGACGGCCAACGAUCCAGAGUGAGAAGGCACUAACGGACGGCCAGGAUGAGCGGCAACAUUACGUUUGUGUAUGUACCUGACGCGUCCAAGUAGGUCACGUGCGGCCUUGAAUAGCACGUGCCAGUAAACCCUUCUUUUCUCCUUUUCUCCUCCGGUCCAGUCCUGUUAUUCUGAUUCUGAAACCGGAUGGAAGAGAUCCAGUUGAGUUAGGUCCAACCUCUGCUUCCUCAAUUUCAUCUGAGAUUCUCGCCAAACUGGAAUUUCAAUUUCAGUAUUGCAAAUGCCAAUUUUGGCACAAUCAGUUGGCAAUUGGCAAGAAGAGUCCUAGGCUCCUGUCUCCGAUGAACUCCAAGUGCUCCUAAGUAGUAUCAUUUCGGAUUUUGGAAUAGGAUUUGGUGUCAUAAACUCCAAGUGUUAUGAUGAUGGAGCUCCAGUAAACAUUGUAGCUGUUCAACCAAAAGCUAUAGGAAUCUCAGGACUCUCCAAGAAUAAUUAUGCUCAAAGCAAUGUGGUUUCACUAUUCAACAAAAUGAAGUCGGCUCAAUCAAGCUCAAAGCCAUCAUCCAUUCAAGGAUGGCACGUAACCAUGGAGGAUGCUGUGAGUAAUGAAUUAAAUCUUUUGUGUCCACAAAGAGCUUAAGCAUCUGGAUGUAGCCUAAGUGAGAUAAUGUAAACAUUAGAUGGCUUAAGUGUUCAGUCUCUAACAUUUGACUGAAUUAUUACAGGUAGGGCAAAUUCUGAUUGGAAGCGAUAAUACAUAAGAACCAAAAGGAAGGACUGGGAAGUUUCAAUUGAUUUGGUUUCUAGGUGAAGGAUAGAUUUGAUUUUGUUAUCCUUCGCAAAUUUCUGUGUACUGUUGUGAAUUUUCUUAGAACCCCAACUGAUGUUGUUUUGUUGCUUGUCGUUUGAAAUUCAGGGUUUCGAAAUGAGGUUACCUUCAAAGCAUUUAAAAUGAGCAAGGUGUGAUGAUGCUGGUAGUGAUUCUAAAAAUGAACAAGUGAUGGUGGUUUGUAAACUUUUCAAUGAUUUUUGUUUUGAUUUGAUCAGCAUCAUUUUCCUAGUUGUUUCAUUUGAUUGGGGAUUUAUGAUGUAGGUGUGAAGAAAUGGGGAAGAGGAAGAUGCAAGUCUUGUAGAGACAUAUAGACGAAUGUGUUCUUCAUCAAAUGGACACUUAAGUCUUGAGUGCAGACAAUAAUUUUGUUCCAGGAAGCAAAACCUCUGCUUCUGAAAAUAAGGUGAGGUACUAUGU